AGUUGAGGACACACCAAAUUUUUAUUUUUCAAUGAAAAUUAGCACAGUUUAAUGUUAUUUUCCAAUUUUAUUAUUAUAAUUAUUCAUGUGUUUAAAUAUUGCAGAUAUGGUGGAUUAUUGAAAUUAUGGUGGAUCACUCAAAAGAAAUGGAAAAAAUAACAAAAAUUCUUGAUUCUGUCUCGAUUAAAAAUCCUAGAGAAUUAAAACCAACCAAAGUUAGUAAUUUGCCUAAAAAAGCAGUGAAAAACAGCGAGACAAAAAUUGCAAAGCCUAAUUUAAGUAAUCUGAAUCAAAAAGUUGGAAGUAGUCAGUCAAAAAUACUUGGGAAUCCAUUGAAAGCACCAAAAAAUCAAUUGAAACCACUUGGACAGCAGUUCAAAGCACCUGGACCUUACAAACCUUCUAUUACUUCGGCAAAGACACCAGCAGUUCCAGCAAAAUCAUCAGGGAUUCAAUCAAAAGCACCAAAAGUAUCAACACUGCCGAAAUUACAGUCAAAAUCUGUAGCUCAAAUUCGAAAGCCAUCAGCACAAGCUCCAAAGCCGCAAAUUAAAGUCACCACGGCUAGAAAUAAGUCAAUUGCGCGUCCAAAUGUCUAUGUGGGGCCUGGAGUACUUAAAACACAUGUCACACGUAGUUUGCCAGCUGUUUCUGGUCCGAAACCUGAUAUUUCGGCAAUAAACUCUACUGCAAGUGCUAAGCUGCAUAGACCUGAGUACAAUUCAAUUGUCAACACCAUCAAGAGAAUAGACAAGUCGAAAAAUGAAAAGAUUGUGACUGAUUUUGAGCAUUUGCCACAUCCUUACAAAAACUUGGUCGUACGAAAGAUGUCGAGUGCGCUGGAUUUUCCGGCUGACAAACCGAUAUUCAAGGACCUGAUUGACUUGAGUGUUGAUGAAUCUCAUCUUCCGGAGAGGAUAACUCGUACCAAGGAUCCUCAGCCGAGAGAAAGGGACUUAGAACCGAAGCUGGAAGACUUUUUUAAGCCUGUCUACGGUGAGGAGUACUGCACUUCUGUGAAAAUAAGACCCAGAACUCCGGAGUUUGAUGACAAUUUAUCGGCGUUUAAAAUUAGCGACCGGAUUUUUGAUUGGAAAUCUUCUUUGGAUGAGUAA